AUGGUAGAGUCUGAAAAUUCAACUGACAGAAAAUACUACAUUGACUUCGUCCCAACAAACUCUGCACAAGCUAUCCAGAAAGCAGUUUCGCACCUAUAUUGUUGUGAAGAUAUAGUGAUUAAGGGGAAGCUGGGGAAUGGCUAUUUUGCGUCAGUUUUCUUGAUAAACCAUCGUCCAACUAGGAGACUUAUGGCUAUGAAACUGACCAAUGAAGGAUCGUUUCAUGAUCGGGAAAUAGAACUUUUGGGUUCUUUAAACCAUACCAACGUUUUAAGACUUUACGGAUCCUGCUUGAUUGGUGCCCGAUUCGUGUGUUUGACGGAGUAUGCUAAUGGAGGCAGCCUGACUGGUUUAUUGGCUGCUAAAGCAAUAGACUUACCUUGGUCCGUUCGGAUCAGUUUAGCCUUGGAUAUCGCUUGCGGUCUUAAUCAUUUACACAGUCAUAGUCUUAUCCAUCGAGAUUUAACGUCUCAGAAUAUCCUUAUCCGCUUUCGAUCUCAAGCAAAUUCUCAUGUACUAGAUAAUUGUUUCAAUUCUGUUUCUAAUCGUGACAGUUUUCGAAAUCAGUGUACUCUGACGAAGCCAUCCGAUUCGGAACGUGAUAUAUAUACCAAAGGAGAUAUGCAAACAAACAGCAUAUCACACCACUGUCAUCGUCGUCAUAGUUCUUAUCUUCGAAAACAACAAUUUCAUAAUUAUAAUGGAAUUCGUCCAAAUGACGAAACUGAUGAAUUUUCGCUCUCCACUUCUUGUUCUGAUUCCGUGAAUGUCAACCAUGAUACCAAGGAUACUGAUGAGUUUGGUUUAAAUUUAGCUCAUAUACUUUCGUUUACAUAUCAUCAUAAUGGUGAAGUAACCUGCUCCAGUAAGCCUGGUAUUCCUAUUAGCUACCUACAGUCUAUUCCGCUUAUUGAACCACAGUGGAAGCAGUUAAUCAGCGAUGACUUGCGAUUAUUAAAGUCUUUAAGUCGGUCAGAAGUUUCCAUAUCGUCAGGUAGUUCGUUCACAUUUACAGCACUUGUAGCCGACUUGGGUUUAUGCUUGGAUUUGACCCAGGAUCAUGUUGAUGCUGAAUCAGUUGUUGGAAAUCCAUUUUACACAGCUCCUGAGUGUUUAAAUCGGAUUGCACCGUAUACAUUUGCUGCGGAUAUUUUCUCUUACGGUCUUUUGAUGUGUGAAUUGAUAACGCGUUUACCCAACGACUGUUCUCUUAUCCCUCGCACAUCGUCUUUCGGUCUGGACAGUGAAAACCUUCCAGUACCACAGGACUGUCCUACUUGGUUUUUUCAGUUAGCUGUGGAUUGCUGCACUGUUGAUCAUUUGUUGCGUCCAAAUACUCUGGAUGUUAUCGAUUGUAUCAAAAAAAGUCGUCAAAGUAUGUCCUGUCGUUCAACUGUUCAUUCACCGUCUCGCGUGCCUAUACAAAACUCAGUUACUAAGGUGUCUUAUGAUAUCGGAUCGCAAGGAAUUGUUCAUGAAUCUCCUAUAUAA